ACAAAACUGUAUAAAAAACUACUUUUCUCAUAAAAGUUCACCACCAAAUUCUGUAACAAUUUCUGUAAAUUACCUCCAUAACGGUCCACAUUCUCCAAAGUCCAAGCUCAGUCUACCUCCCCAUUUUCUCGUCACCGAAAGCUGCACCCGAUUCCCGGUAAUCCGAUAUCGUAUGUCGUCACAGGUAAGACGUAAUAAUUACCCAUCGAGCGUUGCAUUCUCACGAUAUUAUCAAACACGCUCUGAAAUGCGGCAGUCAGGUAAACAAUCGCGAUUGCUUCAUCGUCGCGGGGACACGUUCGAGCGGAUAAGAUGGUUGUUAAAAGUGCGAAGGACUCUCGCAGACGACUCGAGUAGAGCAAGGACCAUCGUGAAUCGACGAUCUCGCGGUGUUCGCGUUGAUAAACAAGUAAAUAGUGUGUCAGCGAGUUUUCUUCGUUAACUUGUGCAACGAUGCAACGUGUUCAGCGAGCGGUCCGCGCCGCGUUCCUCGCCGCGACGCUGAUCGCGUUCGUCCGCGUUUCCGCAGCGGACUCCAGAUUAUCCUUGCAGUGCAAGAACAUCGCCAGGGACGUGAUUAUUAACAGUUGCAAGGGGCCCAGGAUCAAGCGGGCGGCGCCACGAUUGGAUUUGGAGGUGGAGGAUAAGAAGUUUGGGAUCACAGAAGCGCCUGACAUGGCGGCCGGAGUGCAACAGAAACGCCAAUAUUUCCCUAUGAGGGAGCCCAUUCCCUCUGGUAUCAGAGUGCCACCUCCCGGAUUGUUCCCUGGUAUUGGACUUCCGUCGGCGAACGUGGAACAGAACUCUUUCCACAAGACGGAAUUGAAUAUUCCUGGACUCGGAUACGUGGAGGAUGAGGGCAGUGUCGCGAUGGAAGAGAGUUACGUUCCGGAAUUUCCCAACCCCUAUCGACCUGCGGGAUACUUUCCCGCGAUUAGGUCCAUUAAACCGGACGAGCUUCUGGGUUUCGACCUAAGUUCAGACGAACUCGAGGAACUUUACGAGGAGGUCGGUGACCGCUUGCCCAGAAAUUCCAAGGAUUUUAAGAAGAAGAUUUUUCAAACCGUCGCUACAAAAUGUUGUCCGAAUCCGAAAUUGUGUUACGAUAAUCCGAGUCUAAUUCCGUGUAUGGGAUAUUGAAACUGAGAAUUUGAUUUACUAUUGGAAUGUCGAAUGGAAAUUUGAAGAAUGUCGAAGAUCUAUGAUUAUUUUAAUUGUACUUAAAUUCUCGGAGAGCUUCGAGGAUCUUUAUGCAAUAAAA